CCUGACCUUUAAGUUUGAAUGCAGUACUUCAGUACUUUAGUGUGGAAUGCAGUACUUCAGUACUUUGGUGUGGAAUGCAGUACUUCAGUACUUUAGUGUAGUACUUUAGUCCGUAGACAUGGGUCGGAGUGAGACCUCCGUGAGGCGGAGCCUCCUCCGGGGGCGCGCUCUGAGCGCCGCUCCGUCACGGGGACGCGCCCGCACUCACACGCACACACCCGCCGCGCGGCCAGGCCACCGGCCAGCCUGUCUGUCUCUCUCCCCGUCUGUCUCUCCUUCUCCUUUAAAAACACACUUUCCGUUACAACCUCCCGCUCACACUCGGUUUACCGGUAAACUCCCUCCGCCCAGGCGCGGGAACAGCUGCUUCCACCGGACAGAAGUACCGGAUUACCGAGUUUGAGCGAGUGAGCUCGCCGCCGGACCUGCCGUGAUUCUCCGCCCCGCAGUCCGCGGGCCGCGGGCCGCAACUUUCCUUCACUUUGUUCCGGCUUCAGACUCUCUACCGGCGGGCACGGUCACCGGGCCGUGACGGCGUCCGCCCCGGGGAGAGAGCUCGGAGUCAGCCGCCGCCGUGAACACCGGGGGAGCCGCCGUUAGCCCGGACCGGGACCAGGACCGUUAGUUUCCUUGUGUUGGUUUACCGGACAGAUGGGGACCGUGUGAACCACGAGACUCUCCGUUAGUCCGGUUGUGUGGGCGGAGCUGAGCGAUGGCGGGUGCGUCGGUGAAGGUGGCGGUGCGAGUCCGCCCGUUCAACACCCGAGAGACGGGACGCAAUGCCAAGUGUGUGAUCCAGAUGCAGGGAAACACUACAUGUAUCUCCAACCCCAAACAGCCCAAAGAUGGAGCCAAGAACUUCACCUUUGACUAUUCCUAUUGGUCACACACGACGGCUGACGACCCCAGCUUCGCAUGUCAGAGGCAGGUGUACAAAGACAUCGGAGAGGAGAUGCUGCUGCACGCCUUCGAAGGAUACAAUGUGUGUAUUUUUGCAUACGGACAGACGGGCGCAGGAAAGAGCUACACCAUGAUGGGCAAACAGGAGCCUGGACAGGAAGGCAUCAUCCCACAGCUGUGUGAGGACUUGUUUCAGAGGACAGGAGGAAACACAGAUCCUGACCUGACCUACUCCGUGGAGGUGUCCUACAUGGAGAUCUACUGCGAGCGGGUCCGGGAUCUGUUGAACCCAAAGUCCCAGGGCACCCUGCGGGUCCGGGAGCAUCCCAUCCUGGGUCCCUACGUGGAGGAUCUGUCCAAGCUGGCUGUGACCGGAUUCACCGACAUCCGGGACCUGAUGGACGCCGGCAACAAAGCGAGGACGGUCGCAGCCACAAACAUGAACGAGACAUCGUCCAGGUCACACGCCGUCUUCACCAUCGUCUUCACCCAAAAACGACGAGAUCAGAUGACCAGUCUGGAUACUGAGAAGGUCAGUAAGAUCAGCCUGGUGGACCUGGCUGGAAGCGAGCGAGCGGACUCCUCGGGGGCGAAGGGCACUCGGCUCAAGGAAGGAGCGAACAUCAACAAAUCUCUGACCACGCUGGGAAAAGUCAUAUCCGCUUUGGCUGAGAUGCAGAGCAACAAGAAGAGGAAAAGUGAUUUUAUUCCCUACAGAGACUCAGUUCUCACCUGGCUACUGAAGGAAAACCUGGGGGGAAACUCUCGGACAGCCAUGAUUGCUGCUCUAAGUCCUGCUGACAUCAACUAUGAAGAAACACUGAGCACUCUGAGGUAUGCUGACCGUGCCAAACAGAUCCGUUGUAACGCCGUGAUCAACGAAGAUCCAAACGCCAGGCUGAUCCGAGAGCUGAAGGCUGAAGUGGAGCGACUGAGGAACCUGCUGUUCUCCCAGGGCCUGCAGGAGCUGCUGGACAACGCCGUCAACAACAACAACAGUGGCCCUGGUGGGGUUGCAGGUGUGUGUCCCUCCCCGCUGCAGCUGGCACUCACAGCCAAUGGGAUUGCACCUCAGAAUGGCUCCGCCUCUCCAGGUGCUGAGCUGGCGUCUACAGAUGACGUACCUGUUGACCCGGACCACCUGAUGGAGGACGGAGAGGAGACGGAUGCCACGGAGCCCAUCAGUAAAGAGGAGGCGGCGGAGAGACUGCUGGAGACGGAGAAAAUCAUCGCAGAGCUCAACGAGACGUGGGAAGAGAAACUAAGAAAGACUGAGUCUAUUCGUCUGGAGAGAGAGUCCCUGCUGGUGGAGAUGGGCGUGUCCAUCAAAGAAGACGGAGGAACGCUCGGCGUCUUCUCACCUAAAGGAACGCCUCACCUGGUCAACCUGAAUGAAGACCCUCUGAUGUCAGAGUGUCUGCUCUACUACAUCAAGGAGGGAGUCACAAGGGUUGGACAGCAGGACGUGGACAUCAAACUGUCCGGUCACUUCAUCAAAGAGAUUCACUGUGUGUUUGUCAGUGAGACCAACGAGCAGGGAGAAGUCAUCGUCACUCUGGAGCCGUUAAUCGGAGCGGAGACGUACGUCAACGGGAAGCAGAUCACGGACGCUGUCGUCCUCAAACAAGGUAACCGCAUCGUGAUGGGGAAGAACCACGUGUUCCGGUUCAACCACCCGGAGCAGGCGAGGCUGGAGAGAGAGCGCAGCGCCACGGCCGAACAGCAGGGGGAGCCGGAGGACUGGAACUACGCCCAGAGGGAACUGCUGGAGAAACAAGGCAUCGACAUCAAGCUGGAGAUGGAGAAGAGGCUGCAGGACAUGGAGGUUCAGUACCGUAAAGAGAAGGAGGAGGCCGAUCUGCUGCUGGAGCAACACAGACUGUAUGCAGACAGUGACAGCGGUGAUGAUUCAGACAAACGAUCGUGUGAGGAGAGCUGGAGGCUGAUCUCAUCUCUGAGAGAGAAACUACCUGCUAACAAGGUGCAGUCCAUAGUGAAGCGCUGUGGUCUUCCCAGCAGUGGGAAGCGCAGGGAGCCUCUGCGAGUCUAUCAGAUUCCUCAGAGGAGACGCAUCAGCAAAGACCCCAAACGAGUGACCAUGGAGGACCUGCGCAUGCAGGCGGUGAAGGAGAUCUGCUAUGAGGUGGCUCUGGGAGACUUCCGUCACUCCCGUCAGGAGAUCGAGGCGCUGUCCAUCGUCAAGAUGAAGGAGCUCUGCCGCAUGUACGCCAAGAAGGACGCCAACGAGAGGGAGAGCUGGAGGGCCGUGGCCCAGGACGUGUGUGACACAGUGGGCAUCGGAGAGGAGAGGAGCCCCCCCACCGAGGAGGGAGGAGGAGAGACGGGGGAGGGGGGAGGAGGAGGAGGAGGAGGAGGAGGAGAGAAAAAAAACGUGUAUGACCUGAAGGCUCACAUCGACAAGCUGACCGACAUCCUGGAGGAGGUUAAGCUUCAGAACAACAUGAAGGACGAGGAGAUCAAAGCUCUGAGAGACCGAAUGAUCAAGAUGGAGAGCAUCAUCCCUGUGAAGGACGACGAUGUGAACAGCGAGGAGGGCGAUUCUCCGCAGAGAGACGAGGACGGCGGCGGGGGCGGGCGGGGGGCGGUGGGCAGCCGGAUCCGGGUGAAGCGCCUGAUGGACGAGGACCCGGCGUUCAGGAGAGGACGCCUCCGCUGGCUGAAACAGGAACAGCAGCGAAUCCUGAACCUGCAGCAGCAGAACAUCGCCAAGAAGCUACGAGGACAGAACCAGAACCAGAACCAGGGUCAGAACUCCCCCGUCGUCCCGGUCCACCUCCCCGGGACCGGGCGCUUCAUCCCGCCUCAGGAGUGCAAGCUCAAGUUCCCCUUCAAGAGUAACCCCGCCCACCGGUUGUCAUGGGGACCAGCCAGCGCCGCCCUGCAGGCUCUGGGCCUGGGGGAGGGCGGGGGAGGAGACUGGGUGGAGCCGAGAGAGGAGGGCGGAGUCAUCGUUUUGGAGGGUAAAGGUUCUCCCUCACCUCCUCCUCCACCUCCUCAGGGGCAGUCUCCUGCUCUCUUGCCCCUCCCCUUCCAGGCUCCGCCCCCUCGCAUGCGCACACCCAGCCCUAAUCGCGGCUGGCAACAGCGUAACCACGGCAACCAGGUAAACCAGGGCGGCGGCGGCGGCUUCUACCAGCACCACCAUCAUCACCAGGGCAACAACCAAAACCAGCAGCACCGCCGCUACCGCCGCAACUCUCUGGACAGCUCCACCCAUGGCAACAGUAACUAUGACGGCGACCAGCAUCACGGCGGCGGUGGUCACCAGGGGCGACCGAGACAGAGGCGGGGGGUGUCGCCCGGGCCGGGAGGGGAGAGAGGAGGGGGGAGAGGCGGAGGAGGCGGGGGGAGGGACAGAGAUGGAGGCUUCCAUUAUAAUCCGCACCAUCAGUACCAUCACCACCCCUACUACAACCCCCACAAUGCACCAUUCCAGCCAGGACCUCACCCCAACUACCACAGCCUGCCGCGCUCCGGGGCCCCGCCCCCUCCUCCUGACAUGCUGCUGGGGGCGGGGCCACCGCCGCCGCCACCGGGUGGGUGGGGCUUCAGCACGCCGCCCCGGAUGAGACGGCAGUUCAGCGCACCGGACCUCAAACACAACAAGGAGACGCCCAUCUGACCUCUGACCUCUGACAGCGUGGAGGGCUCUGAUUGGCUGCAGGACACGGGGGCGGUCCUGAUGCUGUAGAGACUGUGUGUGUGUGUGUGCGUGUGUGUGUGUGUGUGUGUGUGUGUUUCAGCACCUUUACUGUCAGCCCGUCACACACACCCUGUUAUCUUCAAUCCUGCUGUGUGUGUGUGUGUGUGUGUGUGUGUGUGUGUGUGUGUAGCUCUCUCCUAGCCUUUACGUUAGCAUUGGUUAGCUGUUGCCAUAGCGACACUGUUUUAGAAAAAAAUGGAUCCUUGAAUAAUUUUUUUUAUUUUUCCGUUUGUCAGGAUGAAGUUUACUCGUCGGUCGCUGAUGUAGCGAGGUGCCUUGAAGCUAACGCGUUAGCUCCUGAGGCUAGUGCAGCUAGCUCACAGUUAGCAUGUUUGUUUUCUACGUGAAGUUUGUCGUCGGCUGUUUUUUCUGACGAGCGUUUGUACUUUACCGGAGUGUUAGCUCGCCUCUUUGAGCCGCGGUUAGCCCAGGAGGCUAACUAGCCUGUUAGCUCGGGGUAGUCGGUUAGCAGCAGCGAGUGGCUAAUUAGCUCUGAAGGCUACGUGGGGAAGUUUUGCACAGGUGAAAGUAUUAGCCUAGCGUAGCCUAGCCUAGCAUUCACGUUGUAUGGGCGUUCACGGGAGGAGCUCGGAGUCGCCGUCUCUCCCACGCGACUUGAACGCCGCGUUGCUGAAACCAAAGAAAGUUGCUCGGCGGCGCCUCCUUCAGGACACACUGCUGUACAGACAGACAUGAUGGCGGCGCGAGGAUGUUUUUAAAGCGUUGUGUGUAUAUUUGAAGUGUUUUUACUGAAGAUGAAUUUAUUUGAAGCCUUCACUGUCUCUGGCAAUCGUGGGAAAUGUAAGUACGACCUGAUGGGAGAUGUAGGAAUACUGACUUAUUUAACUGACAUGGGAGAUGUAGGAAGACGGGAUGGACUAAGGAAUAUGUAGGGCUUAGUAAGCAAGGAACUCUGGGAAAUGUAGUAUGAGACUGAGAGGAGGGAGACACGUGGAGAAGUUUGUAACACGACGACGUGUUGUGACGACAUUCGAUUAUUCUGUCCGGCGACUCGAAGACGCCUUCAGGUGACGCCGGGAGCUCGGGAAUUGUGGCUUUUCCUCCUCUGAUGAUGCGUUCAGUGUCAGCGACAGUUAACGUAUCAUCAGACCCCGCGCGUCAGCCUGAACGCAACCCCCGAAUGAUGACGCGUUUACUGUCGGUAGGAGCUCAACCCCACCCACACACAGUGAGGCAUUGUGGGAGAUGAUGUCUUUGUGUGUCUCCGUGACGUCGACAGCUAGCCAAUGGGAGCGCUCCGUCCGGCCGCACGGCGUGAGGGAGUCGCCACGGUGACAAAAAAUAACGACUUGGUUGUGAUUGGCCAGAGAAGCAUGACGUCAUUUUUUUUGCUCUGCUGUCUGGAAUCGACCAAUCACAGGACAAUCCUGAUAACCUGCUGCCACCGCCGGGCAUGAUGGGAAAUGAAGUUUCUGUUUCUGAAUUUAAAAAAAAGCUUGGCUUCUGAUUGGCUGUUUCUUUUCUUUGUGUAUUCGUUUGCUUCUGAAUAUUUUAACCCCGCCUACAUCGCCUUUGCUUUGAGAUGUCAUCACGUCAUCAUCACUAUUAUUAAUAUAAUUAUUAUAACGUCUUUGAUGUUCAGUUAUUGUGGAUGCUGCUAAAGGAGCUUCACCCUGUGUGUGUGUGUGUGUGUGUGUCUGUCUGUCUGUCUGUCUGUGUGUGUGUCUGUCCGAGUGUGUGUGUGUGUGUGUCUGUCUGUGUGUCUGUCUGUCUGUCUGUGUGUGUGUGUGUGUGUGUGUGUGUGUCUGUCUGUGUGUGUGUGUGUGUUUCCGGGUUCAUUUAGAAUCAUAAUCUAAAGUUUGUUUUCCUUCAUAAAGCUGAUUUUAUUAUUUUUUCUUCUUGUUUUUUUGUUUUUUUAUGUUUUUUUGUUUGAGGAGGAGGAGGGGCUUAAGGGGGGAGGGGGAGGGGGAUCUGCGUUGCCACGGUAACCCGGAAUUCUCCAGAACAUUCUAGAACCCUCGUUAGAAUUCUCUCUGCUCCAAUCACGAGCUCCGAAUCUGUGACGUCGUCUCCUCUGGAACUCUUCUGAUGAUGAUGACAUCACGGCGUGGCCCUCCUCCUAUUGGCUCAGAGCCCCUCACCAGGUGUUGGGUUGUUGUGUCUCGUGUUUUUGUUGUAUCAGGAACCAAUCUCAGGCUCUACCUGCAGACAACGUGAUGGCAAUAAACCGUCAGAUCCAAACUCUG